AUGCUCGAAAUGUUACAACGUCUCGAAGAAGAGCAAAGAGCUGACAUUAUAGAUGCCGAUGAUGAAGAUAAUGAUGAUGAUCUGAUGCAACGCUUUAGUAAUAUUGAUCUAGACAAUACAGAUCCUCAACUGAUCUGGGAUCUCCUUUCUAAUAAAGAAAGGGAAGAAUUUCAACACAUGCUAAACCAUUUUGAUCAAUCAGACAUUCACUUGCCAGCUUAUACACCUUGGUGGGAACAAGAGAAUGUGAAAUGGUCAGAAGAGAUAGAGUUACCCGACUUUAGAAAGAUGACAAAACCUGAGACACAGUCUAGUUCUCAUUGGGUUUGGAAUCUACUUCACCUUCUAGGAACAUAUAGUUAUUUAAUGCGUCAUACAAUGGGUGAACUCUCAGAGUGCCCUGAGGAAACAAUCUCUGUUUGUGAGAUGAUAUCUGAAAACGUUUUAUAUUCUACUGCAGCUGCAUGUCCAUUCAAUAACGUAGAUGAUGUGAUAGCCGACUUAUUCAACCAUAUUAGCCAAUAUGAAGAUCAUACCCAAACCAAUAAAAGGAAUCAAAUUCAAUAUCCACGCUAUUAUAGUUUAAGACUGUUAUUAUUAGAGGAUCUAUCAUUAUUGCUAAAUGUGUGUCAAAAAGCUAUACAUGAUUUCUGGAAAUCAUUAAAUGAAAUGAUAACAAAUCACAAAAAGAAAAAAAAACGAAACUUGCUUGCUGUACGGAAAUUAUAUUUUUAUGUAGCAGCUGCAGCCUAUUUAAUAGAAGAUCGAGAAAGACUUAAAAUGAUUCAAGUGAUAAUAAAGAAUGAGAUAAACAAGACAAGGAUAGAAAAGGAAGGAUUUGAAAGAGAUUUCCAAGCUGCGGAAGAUGCAAUGAAACAAUAUCAACAACAGCAAAAGAAAAAAAUUGAAGAAUUAUAA